AAAGUGCAUUUUCGCGCCCGGGUGUCCGUGGGCUGUGAAACUGUACCAAACUAUUUCGUGUUCCGUAAGCAGUAGGCCGGCGGGCCUGGACAGGGACACUCGGGGAGAAGACUUGGACUACUGAUGUAUCGAGUGUCUCGGGGUAUGGGUACGCACCAUCUUUCACCUCAGAUUUAUAACACAAAAUGCAACGGGUGAAAUUGAAUGCAGCGCCGUUAUUAUCAUAGAAGAUGACUGCUGCCAGGCAACCAACCCGGCUAAGGCAGUGAGAUGGGCUGCUCCGUGAGUACCACCGUCGACCCUGCGGCGAAUAAUCCAAAGAAACCCGCAGCUAAACCCGGGCCGUCUGAUGAGCCAACUGCGAAGCGACCACGCCGCGAGCCCCGCCUGGUUACAGAGAAUGACCUGGUUUGGCGGGAGAAGAAGAAGCUGAUUCCUGACUUAAAUGUGUUCAAGGAAAUUGACCAGAGAGCAAUUACAGCUCCUGAUAAUCUUCGCAGCAACCCUGCUGGACUUGUGGCGUACCUUAUAGCCCCUUGCAAGACGGAGCUCGAGAAAUAUCGUGCCAUCUUCCGCUGGAUCGCAUCCCAUAUCGAUUACGAUGUGGAAUUUCUAGAUACCGGGCGCCCUGUAAGCAACAAAGCAGAAGACUGCCUGGUAACUGGAAGGGCAAUAUGCGCUGGGUACAGUGGAAUAGUUAAGGAACUGUGCAGCCAUGCAGAAAUUGACAUGGAGACUGUCAGUGGUUGUUCAAAGGGAGGGAACUAUCGGGUCGGUGAUAAGGAAGAGUUUGGCAUUACCAAUGGCCUCCCCACAAACACCGACCACGCCUGGGUCAUUGUCAGAUUGAACGGGCGGCAGUUCCUGUGUGAUCCAACAUGGGCAGCAGGAAAAAUUGAAAAAAAGAAUGGAAAGACGAUCUUCAAUAGAGAGUGGGAGGAAAGCUACUUUCUCUCCGAUCCUAAGGCUUUCUUCGAGACCCAUUGGCCAAUGGGGAAUGAAAAUGAAAGUCUUCCUGACAAACAGCUGAUGAAGUCACCAAACAAAAACUUCACAGAUUGGCUAGAAAGGCCGCACAGGAAAAUGGCGGCCAGUUGCCUCGGUGUUAACCUGACGUCCAACAAGGAAGGCUUGAUAAAAACAAAGCAAAACGAGGUUGAUAUUGAAUUCACAUCCAAGUAUAAGCUGGAGACUUUAGUCUCCAUGGAAAUGCUGAAGGACAACGCUUGGAUCAAGAUAGACGAUAUGAAACUAGCUUAUCGCGAGGGCGAUAAGUACAAAGUGCGGAUACGCUUACCUUACGGGAAUGUCCCGUUUGUUGUGAAAAUUCUUGGUAAACUCACCGAGGCGGAAGGUGAGCUAGCGGAGCGGCAAUUAUUCAUUGCUUCAUACAGGAUCAUCUGCACGGGCGAGGGAAACAACAAGGGGUACCAUCCUAAAUUCUGCAAACGCGCGGGAAUAGAACCCGAUGCUGCAAAACUCGGUUUUAAGUUAGAGAGUCAUAAAGGCCCGAUGAUCCUCUCAAAGGGGAAGGAGUUGGUCGCAAUCUCCACCCCAAAUUCCGACCCAAUUUCCCAGGCCCCCCAUCUGUAUCGAUUGAGGGACAAUCAAUUACUUGAUGGGCAAGUCUAUGUCGAGCGCACCAAGGACAAACUUAUCUGCCACGUUAGAAUGUAUGAACAGGGGGAGUAUGCGCUGAUGAUCUAUGGCGACCUACUGCAAGAGGGUGGUUCAACCUUACCAACGUUGGGUACUUUCCUAAUAAAUUGUACCUCGCCUUUACCAAAUGAACUCCCAGCUUACUGUAAGAACGGAAAUAUCCACGGGCCUAACAAUACAUUUAUAUCCCUCGGUCUAAAAGAUUUAAGUGGGGACUCGUCCAUCAAGACGGCAGGCAAGGGUGGCCAGUGUAGCAUCAAGUUCAAAGUGCCCUUGCAUGAGACGUACAAGCCACUAUUGUUCGACUGCAGUGGCAACAGACUCCCCAGCGGCCACUGCGCAGGGGUGCUCGAUGGCAACACCCUUACAAUCCUGCUGAAACUCCCCGAACCUGGUAACUUCACUUUAGAGCUAUUUCGUAAAACCACUGGGACCACUCUCGAUAGACUGGCCCAAUACAUGAUAAAAAACGACGACCCUUUCCAGGGGGAGCUGUUCCCUGAGCUGUAUGAUAUCAUCGGGCCUCUACCUCAAGCAGCUGAGGCUGGCCUAACCCCUCUUGACCCCAAAAUGAAAUAUCACGUUAAAACGUCGAAGCCAGACCACAUCGUGAAAUUCGUCGCCAAUUCCAACCUGGACACAUUUGGAGUUCUGGAGUGGAAUGGCGACCAAGAGAAACGGUUUAAGCAGGUUGCCGAAGAAAAGGGCGGGAAGUCAGUGUUGACUUAUGACGUCGAGCUACCGUCUGCUGGUAUCUAUUCCUUUGAAAUUUGGUUGAAUAGCAGUCCCACCAAGAAGCUUGUCGCGAUGAUGAUUGAGUAUACAUAUGUAGACGAUUGGACUUUUGUAAAUAUUAUUAUGCCACUGGUGAUUUAACAUAACAUAACAUAACAUAACAUAACAUAACAUAACAUAACAUAAUUUAUUUCUCUCCAAAAAACCCUUUCGGGUAUAAGAGGUUACAUGAUUUAACAUUUACAUAUGGUGGACCAAGCUGAUGAAUUCUUUACAAAAACUAUGAAUAUUGUCUAAGUUUACCCGGGAACAUUUAGUCAUAAUGCGAUGGAAAAAUUCAUGAUAAAAAACCUGAGGUAAUUCUUUUAAGUUUGGAAACAACCUUACUCGCAUGUGACGGAAAUACGGACACGUAAUAAAAUAAUGAAGUUCGUCUCUUACACAAACCUGGUCACAAAGACCACAAAUAUUUUCUGCAGUUUCAUUUCUAUACAUUCUGGUUACUGUUUCUGGGAAUUUUAUAGAUCCAGUACGAAAUUUACAAAUACUGACCGUUUGAUAUAAUGGUAAUUUUUUAACAUAGGGCUCCAUAUUCAGGUUUUGUUUAAACAUUCUAUAAAUUAUACAUCUGAAAUCGUUAUUUACCUCGUUUCUCCAUAGUUGUUCACACUGGUCUCUGAUUUGGUAGCUCCAGUUUGUGCUGCCCCCUGUCUUGAUCUUGGUCUACUAUGGAUGAUGCAAUAGUUUGGUUGCUAUGGUAAUAGUUAUUCAAAACUACUAAACUGGUUUAGUAAAAUUAUUUGUUUGAUGCUAAUAAUUUUAUAAUAAAUAUCAGGGGUUUUUGGUGUUGUUGUAGGCAGCAUUCAGUUUUGUUUGGAUUUAUUGUACACAACAGGCCAGGGGCGUCUGCUAAUUUCAGCCAUUUUCUCACUCUUGCACAAUUAUUUCAAGAGGACAAAAGACCCUUUUAAACCAUCUUUUCACCUUUUCCAUAUGGUGCCCAGUUUGGAAGCUAAAUGAAUGCCCAGAGCAUAAAUUAAACCCCUCUAUGCCAGUUUUACUGAGCCAGUUUUGGCAUAUUUUAUAGUUGUUGUGUGUGACUUCGGUUGGCACACCUGGUUUCUGCCCCGCCCUAUUUGGCAUGUUGGUUUGGCAGGACAGGUUCAUCUGAUGAGGAACUGAGGUUGUUUGAAAUUAGAAGAGGCCCAGCCUGUUACGUAGGCCAAUGUUAGGUUUAUGGUAGGACGUUGAUUGCGAGUGAUUGGUGGUCCAUGUAUUUGUAAUAUAAUAAAGUGUCUCAAGGAAUAUUUGUGUCGCGUCCAUAUAUGUUCAUAUUCUAUUCUAUAUUAUUGUUGUUUCAUAAUGUUCAUACACGCAUGAUUUAUAAUCGAACCCCCCACACACGGUGGACAAUGAAGAGGUCAAGUGUGUUAUGUUACACAUAAGCAAUUAUUCACAUUCACUUGAGGAAGUUAAAGGCUGAGAUAUGGGACACGUGUGAAUAGCUUUCUGGAGGGUGGGUCGUACGAUCCAAGAGCUAUUUUUAGCGAUUACCUGGUGCAGGCCAUCUGUGAGUUAUUUUUGAAUCGACCAAUCACUGAGCGUGUAGUGAUCAUACCUGUAUAAAUUAAUGUAAUAUUUUCGGCUUGGCGAAAAAUGAAAACCUUCCAGAAUGUAAAACUGGACUCACUAUUACAUGUGUAUACUGUAUGUGCAUGAUUAUCCGUCCAUAUAUUUUGGCUGAGCGAAGCACUAAUGUAUGCAUAAUUAUACAUAUCUUCAUUAUUCCAGAUUAAUUGGUCCGUCACUCAUAAAAUUGAUUAGUAAAAAUAACCAUCACAUGUUAAUUUUUUACGACACUGGUAAACUCCUGUUGCAGCGACUGUGAAAUAAGUUUCUUCACGGAUCCGUGGUUGUUUGAACUAUCAAAAAAGUAUUUCUUAACCAUUUUAAUGGGUUUUUGUUAAUUUUUUAGGUUUUUUGGGACUAAUUUCACAGUUGGUGCAAUGGGAAUUCUAGGCCCAUAUACCAGAUCAGCUGUUUUACUGACCAGUGUACCUUUUCACUGUACAUGUAUAGAACUAGAAAUAAACAUUAACUCCUGAUUUCCUCAGGAUGGACACUCGUGAGUCAUUUUACACUCUGUUCACUUAUAUUAGUUGAAAAAAGAAAAGUGGAAAUAGUAAAAAAAACAAAAAACAUUGAUGAGUUCAUUUACAUAUACAUGUACAUAUAUUACGUACUUCGUCGCUGUAGCUCUUCGUAAGGUUUGCGAAACCUGUCUAGUUUGCAACCGGCCAUGUCACUGUAUACGCUGAUUCUCAGUCAUUAUCUGAAGUGUGAACCAACGUGGAGUACUACAUCGCUUCAGGCUAGUGACUUUUUUCUCUCAUUUGCAUAUCACGUUCCGCCGUUUCUGAAGAUCCAUGAAAUGUAAUAUCCUCCGAUUAUGUUGUAAAUUGCAGCAAACUUAGCCAUUAUAUUCAUGUUAGAUAUGCCAAAUAUGUCCAUAUUUUUUUUCUGUUAAGCGACGCAUGAGAUUUGAGACACUUAUUUUUUCACGUACUGACAUCCUCGUCUACAAGGUUUUUCAAUAGCCCCUCGCGUAUGUCACUUUUAUUGUGAGGUACUCAUGAGAAAGCCCUAUAUCCCAGGUUGAUGUAAAACGUGUUUUUUCAGCUGAAAGGAUAAUUCUUUGCUCCUUGAUAUGGCCCUCCAAUCACUCUUGCUCGAUAUUCUGACUCUGAAGAUUUGUCAAUUACAAACUAAAGUUAAGCCGCAGUAGGCGCUAUUGCAGAGACUGUGCAUUACCAGCUAUUGCGGGCCUAGCACACUCUGUUUUGAAUAGAGGGAGACUCCAUCAUUCCUAUUGUUUGAGAUUGGAAAGGUGUGAAUUAAUCUGGCAAUUAGCCUCCUCUGCAUUGGUGCAUACAAACACUAAAAUGUUUGGUUUUUGCUGAUUUAGGGUCAAAUAAAUCAGCCAAAAGUUUUGAAAGCUUCACAAAUGAUUGUUGAAAGGAAGUACUUUAUGAUAGUUUGCGAAAUUUUGAUUAAUUCUAGGUGGAAAGUAAUAUUUUUCGCAUAUUUGUUGGGAAAAAAUUGAAAAUCCUCCAAUUUUCAACCCCCCUAUGGACACUAUGAAUUUUUCUCCAAUAAAGCUGAAAUCUUGGGAAUAUAAUCCUAAGAGUUAUAUCAACCACGUCUGAAGUCGGGAGUUUGUAUCAAAUGUAUAGUUUCGGAGCUAGCGCAGCUAGAAAAGCCCCCAAAACCCACUUUCUCAGGAAUUUACACUACGGGCUACGAGUGAAGCAUUACAGAUUUACCAAAAUUUUCAACCUAUAGAUGGACACAUCGAAUUUCCAUCCAAAUCACUCCAAAUUUUGCCAGUAAAUACCUAGACAUAUAUAGAAUUGUGUCAGAAGUCGGGAGUUGGGAUUAUUUUAACACCCCGCCCAAAAAGCCAACUUUAUUGAUAUUUCCUAUGCAUUUUCCAUUAGGCUUGCCAGGACCAAUUAAGCAGGUGCACUAAUUGGCUUAAUUGGCUAGGC